CUUUUCAGUCCUGCAGAGCAGCAGCUACAGGCGCAGACCGCUCGUCGCUGCCACAGGAGCGCAGGAGGAGACAGGAGCGGACCAGCGGACACUGUCAGCGGGCUUCUUUUUUUUACCGGGACACAGCGGGGAAGAGAGCGCUUUUUUCCGGAGGGGUCGCUCUGCCCACUCCUCCCUCUCAUUCCCUCCCCGAACGAUGGCAUCAACACAUCAAGCAGCUGUAGCGCGUUGAGGACCGGAGCGAUGCAGUCUUUAUUCAGUGGAGGUGAGCUGGAGCUGCUGGGAGGAGGCGGCGACGCAGGGGGCCUGAAGGAGGAUGGCUGUGGCAGCGUGGUGUGGCGCUCCUCGCCCCUGCCUCCCGAAGAUGUCUACUCAGCCUCCCACUUUGCCCUUAUCACAGCCUAUCAGGAAAUCAAGACGAGGCUGGUCUGUCUGGAGCGGGAGAACACCAGCAUCAAGAGGAAGCUCAAAAUAUAUGAGAUUAAGUUUCCUAUGAUCAACGAGUUUGGCGAUGACACCAACUCCUAUUGCUCUUUUGAGAGCAAAGAGACGGCGCUGCUGCACUCAGAAAAUGGCAACCUGCAGCAGAGAGUCAACGUCCUGACCCACGAGCUCCAGAAGAGAAAGGAGAGAGAGGAGCAGCUGGAAGACGUGAUCCAGGCCUACGAGAAAAUUCACAUGGAGAAGAACAACCUCCAGAGGGAUCUCGACAAGAUGACAAGCCUGGUGGAGAAGCACGUCGAGCGCAUCCUGAACCUGGAGUCCGUUCUGAGGCAGAGGGACAACUCCCUGCAGAAGCUCAACAUGCAGCUGCACAGCAAGGACAUGCAGUAUCUGCAGCUGCACGCCGGCCCCGACACGCACAUGCUGGACUGUCCGGCCCUGACACUUCAGAGCUCCCGUAGCCUGGAUGCUCUGUCGGACCUGAAGCUGCAGCGGCUCGAGGCAGAGCUGGAGGGGGCACGGCAUGAGGCUCAGGGGGCAUGUCAGCGAGAAGAGGAGCUGAAAGCAGAGUGUGAGAGGCUGAAGGAGGAGAUGAGACAGAUGCAGAACAGCCAGAGGGAGAGGGAAAUGACUUCGCCGUGCAAGCAAUGUGAUGUGGAGUGGAUACAGAAGGUGGGCGACGAGCAGGUGAAUUUGGCUCUGGCCUACACAGAGUUAACAGAGGAGCUGGGCCGUCUCCAAGCACUGAGCUCCAAGCAGACGGAGAUUCUGAGGAAAGCCUCGCAGGAGCAGGCUAGUCCAGUUCAGCGUCACUCUCCCAUCCACCACCAGCGCCACUCUCCGGUAUCUCAGCGCCACUCGCCCAUCUCACAGCGCCACUCUCCAGUGCCGCCUCCGCCACACCACUCUCCAAUUCAACAGAGACGCUCCCCGGUACUGCAGCGCCUCUCGCCCGACAUGCACCGUCGUUCGCCUCUGCUGGACGUCAACGAUGGACCGGCUUCUUACUCCUGCCGGCCACCGAGCCAGCACCUGCGGGCCAGCUUCCAGGGCAGGAGGAGUUACUCAGAGGUUGCCGACCCCUCGGCUUAUCAGUGCCCACCCCGCUUCUCUCUGGACCCCGUCUCCACCCUACCCAAGCCUCGGCCUUAUGUCGAGAGCUACUCAAAACAACAGUCACAACAUGUGGGCUCUCCUCACAGUGGACUGCAACAUAGGGGUUCCCCGUCUCCCCAUAAGGGUGGUGCGGGGGGAGAAGGGGGCCUCGGCGAGAGCUCCAUGCGCCACUCCAGAGAGAUGCCCUUCCCACUGUCUGAGGUGGCCCACCUUCAUUUUGAGCCCCCUCCGCCUUCCACACCAGCCCCCCAGCCCAUGCAAUCCUCUGAAGAUGAGGAGGAGUGGACCUGCCCUCAUCCCAUCAGCCCACCACGGACUCUGGGAGUGCUUUCUUCAGCAGUGCCCAGCAGUGUCAUGAGAGGUCCGGCAUCUUGCUCGGCCUUCCCCAUCCCUCAGAGGCCCAACACCCUCAGCUGCCACCCACAGCCGGGGUACAUGUCAGCAGAGCACGCUCAGUCCUGGCCCUCAAUCAAUCUCUGGAUGGAGACUGAGGAGAGUGACAUGCGCAGUUGCCCUCUCUGCCAGCUGAUAUUCCCUGUCGGUUACCCUGACGACGCGCUCAUCAAGCACAUCGACUCCCACCUGGAGAACAGCAAGAUCUGAUUGCCAUGGCAACCAGCUCACAUACACAUCUUCGCUCUCCUCCUUAUAGAUUAUGUAAGAGAUUGUCAGACCUGGUUGAACACAAAGUCAACUGUGGAACCCAGUGAGCUGUGGGUUCAAAAUAUGUAGGGAGGGAUGCAAAAAUGGCACAUGGGGCCUUUUUUAUUUUGUUUCCUCUUUCUUUCAAAAGGGAGAAGGACCUAACACACGGGUCCGUCUUGGAUUUGUGAGUCUACAUGCAGAGCCCUAUACUGACUGCUCUUAAGAAAGCUCUGCCUGUAUAAUCACUGGCUCUGGUUGCUGCUGUUUUGUUAUGACUCUUGUUGUGCACAGUUUCAGGUAUUGUGUUGUUUUGCGCAUCACACAAGCUCUGCAUGUCAAAGAGUUAGUUUCAGUGUUCAUGAGUAACUGAUCAGGGAGAUCUGAGGCAUCUUAUUUUGAGAGACUAUUGUUACCUUUUAGUUUUAAAUAUUGUACACCGGCUUGGAGAUCUUCUGCCCCACAAUCACACUGCAGCAUAUUUUGCAAGGGAUUCAGAGCAGUGACUAUGAUCUGGUCAAAGCUGGCUGUUCGAAAUGAUGUGAUGGAUAUACGGUACGUAAGGGAAAGUGAUUAGUCAUACGAAGACAUAUUUUUAGUUUUGAUAUUGAAGUAAUAGGAGAACGAUACUGUGAAGGAAUUAUGACUGCUUCGUUUGACGCCAGUUCACUUUUGUUGGAACAGAAGAAAUGUAUACCUUUCCAUGGCAGUUAAGAAAGUAUUUAACAUUCCAGUGUCACAUUUCAUCAAACGACAAGCUGGAAAAUAUGAAUGUUAAGUUUGGAUCAUCGCCUGACGGUGGUUUUUACCCUAACUUGAGUUUUUGAUGAUGCCCUGCAGGGCAGGGCACGGACAGUGAUGCGUAUUCUUCAUGACUGGAGGAAGUUUAGUCAGAAUAUAUGCUUUAUGCUUGCAGCCUGGUCAAAAAUGGACGUAUCUUAGCACUUUAAGUUAGCAAAGCCUAUAUAAAUGUAUUUGUUUUUAGUCCCCACAUAUAUACAUGCAUAUACUGUAUAUAUUACAUGUAUAAUUUACUCUUUAUAUUGUCUAUCUGUAAGGCAAAAAAAAAAAAGAUAUAUUUUUGCAAAUGUCGAUGCACCACAUGGCUCACGUUGGUGAGGUUUCUCCCACAUGCUUGCACACUGAUUUACAGUAGUGAGGUCUAAAUCCCACUGCAUGGGAUACUUUAGGUAUUAAGAGUUUAAAAAUAGCUAUCAACUGAGAUUCUCCUCAGUCUUCCUAAAGAUCUUUAACGUCUCCACUGCCCAGACCACCCAAUAACACACACACACACACACACACCACCGGCUGCAUGAGAUCGAGGCUUGUAGGCUUGUGAACUGCCGUGAACAGUGGCAGGUUUUUGAGUGAAAUGUAUUUCUAUGCCAGACACAUCCCUCCAAUCAGCAAUGUUAUCUCUGCAGGGUUUUUAGAAAAGAAAAAAAAAAAGACAAUACUCUUCUUUUGAUACGUGGGUUUUAUUUUCUAUCACAAAUGUAGUUUUGUUUUCGAGACCUGCUUUUUUUUGAAGAAAAAAACAAAACGAAAACCAAACAACACAAAGUUACUGAUGUCAGCUAAUCUGAGGCUUUCAGUUAAAUGUGCAAUUUCUAGUGAAGGGGGGUGGGGGGUGUCCCUUCACACCCACUCAUGCAUUUAAGCUGGGUUAGUACAGAAGAGAUGUCAUGCAGUACAUAAGCACUCACAGUGACUGUGGCAGCAGGAUGAUGCUGGUCAUAGGUUUCUCGUCUUUGCGUCAGUUAUCUUCAACCUCACUGCCAAAAUCCUGAAAACACUGAAUCCCCUUAAGUCUGGGGGCUUUGUUUCAGACUAACUUUCCUAUGAGGGUUUUUUCAAUGGGAGUCAAGGAAUAACAAAUUAAAGGAUAAUCCCAGUUUAUACUUGGAGCUUAUUUUACUAAAUCUGGACAGUGGUUAUUUGCCUGUUGCUAGCAAGUAACACACCAGACCCAGUAAGCUCAUCGGCUUUCUGUCAACAGUUAGUGCACACACAGUUUAUAUAAAAAGUUGUACCACCAGAUACUGUAUGUUAUUGUUUCUCAUGCUUUUGUGUAACAGGUUUGUUGGUGAGUUACUGAAGUGGAAAUCAAGAGGGAUUAAAAAAGUAUGGACACAGCAUUUAAAAGUGCUGUUGUCAUCAGCUCAAAACUGUAAAACCAGGGUUUCUCUCACUAUUUUACCUGAAAACCUGAAAAAAGGAGUAGCUUAAAUAUCUCCAGUGCAAAAUGAUGCCCUAUAGCAGUGGCCAAGUGCAAGAAAGAGAUCAGUAACUUAACUGGAGAUUUGUUUGAUUCAGCUCAGCGCGUGAUAUUCACUGAUAUUGUACUUUUACAUUGCAGCAAUGCAAGUCACAGCUGAUCUAUCUCCAAUACCUCCAUGUUAUUUUGUUCUCCGUGUCAAUGACGGAUGAGAUCUGCGGCAGCACUUUGCACCUCUGCUAACCAAUUUCCUGGGGGAAAUCCUGGCCCUACACAGAAUUUCACAAGAAACAUGACAAGGUUUAAAGAUGUUUCAAAACCAAGCAUUGUAAUUAAGUAUGUUAUGCAGUGUAUCCCUAUCUUCUUAAUGCAUCCUCUUUCGGGAUUAUAUAAAAGUUGGUCAAUCUGAAUUACAAUCUGUCCAAACAUUGAUAUCCACCUUGAUUUGAGUGAUGUUGCAGAUUCAAGCACAUAACCGAGUGGUCACAAGUUAUCAUGAGUAAACCAAGUGAAAAACGAACUGAUAUUAUCCUUGAAAAAAAAGUACAACCUGAUGAUAGAAAAUAAUGGUGUAUGAUAGAAACAUUUUUACGUCAGUGCCGAUACUUGAUCAUUAAAACCAAGAGGGCUUUAAUGACUCCCAGUUAUUAUAAAUGUAUGUUCCUAUAUCAAUAUGUGUACAAAUAUUUAAAGCUGUGUGCAGACAGAUGUUUUGUCAGAGUAAAAGUCUAAUGCAACAUGUUUUAUUCAUCAACUUCAAAUUGGAGUGUCUUUAAGUCAGUAUAUAGGCCUAAUCUAUAAUAUUUGCCGCCACCACCACGCUAAAUAUAAAUUAUAACCCUGCACAUUUCCUCUCUUACCCACUAAGCAGUGAAACAAAAUCUCUCAAGUAGGGCUUGGCAAUAUGGCCACGAUAAAACAUUUUCAAAUCAGGAACAGUUUAAGUCCAAUGUGUUGUUUUUCACAGAGGAAAUGUGCAGCAGGCCAUGAUUUAACAAACAAUUAUGUACAAAUGAAGGACCUUCGCUUCUUAAAGCCAAAGUGAACAAAUGAUUUCCUGUAUGAUAAAAAGGCAGAAAACAUUGGGUUAUUGGGUUUCUUGUUCAUGUUAGUGUGUGGAGAGAUGCAUUGUGGUUAAAAAGGGGCUGGGAUGUUAACACGAAACCACAACACGCUGGCCAUCUAACCACCCCCCCCCCUCGUGAGAUCAUAGUUCGAUGCACACGGAUGUUUACAAAUGCAACACAUCCUCAUGUUCACAGACUGUGCUGAGAACCAUUGUGCGAAGAACAUAAUAAAUGCUUGUUCAGGACUUUCUUCACCGACUGUCACAGCAUAGAGAGUCAAAACCUGCACUUGUCUCGUCCGUUUUUCCUGUGGGUGUCCUAACAACAACAACCCGCCUCCUCAGUUUACUCAGAUUUAAACAACGACUAAUCCAGCAGCAGAAAGAUCAGAUCUGUCAGCAUUAGAUAUAUUCCUUCAUCAUUGGUUUAAAAAAUAACAAUAAUAAUAAUUCUUCAGAUUUACUCAGGAGACCAAUGGCUAGGACCAACAAAGAGGUACAGUUAAAAAAAAAAAAACACCAACUCAUUCUUUUUCAUUCUUGUAGAGCUCCACUCUCCAAUAGUGUGGUUGUUCUCUUGGGUAACAUCAAGUGUACACAGAAACUUCAGCACUAAUGAACUCUCCACAGCACUAAUGAGAAGUAAUGUCUACUCUGCAACACUGGUGGCAUUUAACCACUUUAUGAGUGUGAUGGGGGGCGGGGGGGAGUAAACAACAGAUAUAUAAAGAGUCACUUUUACUUUCUCUCUUUCUCUAUCUGUAAAUAUUCUAAUAAUAAACUGCAAGUUGCACUGA